GUUUUGGAGGAGAGAGAAAAACCCAACAAGGAAAAAAAAGAGACCGAAAAUGUCUGAGAGAAAAUAAAAAAUCCUGCACGUUCAAAGACCUCCACUGUUUUUUUCUUUGGGGUGCCUGAGAUUUUGACCUGUUUUUCUGUUCUCCUGAUCGAUUUUUGCCAGCUACAUUGUUCGCAGAUCUGGAAAUUUUCUGCGGGUUUUGGAUUUCAAUUUACGCGGCUCGUUUUUUCAGUAAUUUUGGAUCCGGGAUCCGGUCUUUUGGUUUGGGUACAAGAUUCGAUCCGGAGCUUUCACAUUUUGGCGCCUCGGAUCCUCACGGAUCUGGUCGAUAAUUUUUGAAUCUGCCAUUAUCAGCGAGUCGAUUCGUGCUCGGCGUUGCUUUUGUUUCGACGCUCGUGUUUCGUGGAAUUGAAAAGACAUUGUUGUCGUAUUAUGGUAGAGAAGAUUGUCAGUUUCUAAGUGCAUUGCUCGAAGAGAUGGAUCCAAUAUCGGCGGUCAGCGAAGAGCUGGCUGAGAUCGAGGGACAGAUCAAUGAUAUUUUCCGUGCCUUAUCAAAUGGGUUCCAGAAGCUGGAGAAGAUUAAAGAUGCCAGUAGGCAGAGUAGGCAGCUGGAAGAGCUCACGGACAAGAUGCGAGAUUGUAAGAGGCUUAUCAAAGAUUUCGAUAGGGAAGUUAAGGACAUGGAAAGCAGAAAUGAUGCCAACACUAACCGGAUGCUGAACGAUAGAAGACAAUCCAUGGUUAAGGAACUGAACUCAUAUGUUGCUCUUAAAAAAAGAUUCUCUUCCAACCUAGCAAAUGAUAACAAGCGAGUGGAACUUUUUGAUGGACCUGCAGAAGAGAAUAUGGAAGAGAAUGUCUUACUAGCUUCAAAUAUGACCAAUCAAGAGCUAAUGGACAAAGGUAACAGAAUGAUGGAUGAGACAGAUCAAGCCAUUGAGAGGGGUAAAAAGAUUGUUCAAGACACUGUAAAUGUGGGAACAGAUACAGCAGCAGCUCUCAAGGCUCAGACUGAGCAAAUGAAUAGAGUUGUCAAUGAACUCGAUUCUAUUCAUUUCUCGCUCAAGAAGGCAUCGAAGCUGGUCAAGGAAAUUGGUAGGCAGGUUGCGACUGACAAAUGUAUCAUGGCAUUACUUGUACUUAUUGUCAUUGGUGUCAUAGCAAUCAUCAUUGUCAAGAUUGUGAACCCAAACAACAAGGACAUACGUGACAUACCGGGCCUAGCUCCACCCGCCCAGACCAGGCGCUUACUCUGGAGCCAUUACUGAAAAUAGUCCCCAAGGACAGAUUGUUUCAUUUCUAUCUCUGGCCAUGGAGUGGAGACAAGACACAAUCCCGGAAAGAUGAUGGUGUUUUUGCAAGCACCAUAUUUUGCAUACGCACCCAGAGAGAUGAACCAAGCUUUUUUAUUAGGAACCAUCCCGAUGUAUUUGCAUGAACCGGUCGUUCCCCUGUAUCAUUUUUCUCCAAUGAUGUGCGAUGUAAAACUAUUUUAUGUGUUGUAAUUCUUAAAGUUCAGACCUUGUUUGAUGUUGGGUUGCGGUAACAAUUAAAAAAAAAAAAAAGAAAUAGAGAGA